CCAGCUAUAUUUCGCCCCUGGUCAAAUGACAAUGACCAUUUUAGUGGCUGGACGGUGGAUUUAUGAUACAAAAUAAUAUUUCAUAUACAAAUGAUUAUGCGACUUUAUGAAGACAAAAUAUGGAUUAACGUGUAAUUAAAUAUCUUUAUGUGAUAUACAUCUAACUCAAGUGAAGAAACGAAAGUUGUAUAGGAAUAUUUUGUGUCGUUUUUCAACAAAAGCAAGAUGACGGAUCAGGAAAAGGAAGGAAAGGCUUUUAUUAAGAAUGGUAGCGGGAGUAAUAAUGGAAAAAUGAACAAUCUACACGCGGAUUCUCAAAUGGGGAUUAAAAGACAAAUUCGCCAGUUGAAGAGAUACAUGAUCGGUUUGGCAGCUCUUUUAGCCUUAACUUUUGUUAUUCUCGUCAUCACAUUUUCCGUUUUAUUCGCGAAUCUCAAAUGGGACAUUGAAAAUCACGAUCAUCCCCCCAAAAUUGGUGCUCAGAUGAACAAAGUUUUAGAAAAGGAGGAAUUGUGUUUGUUAUGCAAUGAAGUGCGUUUAGGUCCUAGUGUUGAAGAAGAUCAAAUGUUGGAUUAUUUUGUGCGAAAACCUGGAGUUAAUGGCAGAAACGAUGAGGAAUGUUGUGUAGAAACACCAGCACAGUUACUCAAAUUACUUCAGAUGUUUGUUGAAAAGAAAUACAGGGAAGAAAUGGCUCACGGAAACAUCAAGAUAGACUCGAGUACAGAUACAGGUCCUGGCGAGAUGAAACCGGCAGCACACUUAAUGGGAUCAGUCCGUAAACCAGAGCAACCAACAGUUCCUGGACGACAGUUCCCUAUCUCACACUGGAUCAGCCAGGAAGACCUUGCCUUUACAAGCAAGGUACAAUACCGACAUGGCCGAAUUGUCAUUCUGGAAGAGGGCCUGUACUAUGUCUACAGCCAGUUAUCCUUCUUGGAAGUGUUUGAUAAUCCGAAUAGUAUCGAGACUGGUUCCCAGUCUCUCUCGCAUUACAUAUACCGAUAUAACAUAAUAUAUCCACACGGCGGAGAAGAAGCUAUGAUACAAAAUAGUAUCACAAAGUGCUGGGGCCAGAACAAAGCCUUUGGGGAGUACACGAGUUAUCUAGGUGCCGUAUUCCAUCUAAGACAGGGCGAUGAAUUGUUUGUUAAGGUUUCAAACUUGACAUUGAUUGUCAGGGAGCCAAAAUUAAAUUAUUUUGGUCUAUUUAAAGUGAACUAAUCAAAGUGCUUCGAUUUUAUUCCACAGAAAUUAUUCCAAGUGUACGAAAGUUCCAAAAUUGGCGUUUAGGAUGGUGUUCCCGUUACAAAAAAAAAUCAUGCCAAAACAGUAUAACUGAGAUGAUUAAUGCAGUAAAUAAAACAUAAGUAAUUUUGAUAAUUUAAAGCACAUUGUUGGCAAAACACCUUCAUUCCUUAAGGUUGUAGAAGCAUUUGUAACGCCAGAGAGUGAGCAUGUUUGAUUAAAGCCAUUGUUAAAGCCUUUAAAAUUACAUGUAAUCGUUACAUCAGUCAUUUUAUAUUCAGUAUCUUAAGAUCUCAUGUAUAACAUGUUCUAGAGAGAAUGUUUACAAUUGUGAUUUGGUUCCAGUAUGUCUCAUGGAUAUAUUCUUUAUUAUUCCCUCAUAUUCAAAUGACCUUCAGUGAUCAAGAUGAAGCAUGUGAAACAAUCUGCCUGAAACUCUGCCUGGGAUUGUUUAUAAUGGGACUGUUAUGCUCCGGAACAUAUAAAACUAUGCUUUUUAUGAUUUACUGUAAACAAGGUGGUUAUAAUUUUGAAAUCUAGGUACUAAAUGGUUGCCAUUAUUAUUGAAUGAAAUACCCAGUUUGGUAGAUAUUAAAGUUGUUGACUUUAGGUUCAAUGUAUUCAGUGUCAUUUAACAAGAUGGGCCUGUUUUUCGAAUCAGGAUAAUUUCAACAGUAUCAAUUUGUAGGUUUAACUACGGUAUCAUUUUUGUGUGUGGUGUACCUGUACGUUUAGUUGGCAUAGGAAAUGGAACCAAAUAACAUUUUGUUUUAUACUUGUGAAAUGCGAUGUGUAAGUGGUAUCUCUAGAUAAACUAGAUGAUACAUAAAUGUUACAUUUUGGUCAUACAAAGGCUUAAAAAGUCACAUACCUUCAUAAACACAAUUACUAUGUCUAGAAAGGGAUUAAUGUAACAAUAUUUUGUAAAGUUGUAUUUUGUAUUUUCAUGAUUUUAGAUGAUUACAUUUCCGUUUUAAAACAAGUUAUUAUGAAAGUGAAGUUUUCUGUAUUUCUAACCGCAAACAUGUGGUAUUUCUGUUUUAAAAAGCUGUACAGUUCUUUAAACACAACAGCAAGCGUGUCACCCUUACUUAUUGUCAAUAAACAUUCCUACUUUUGUGUAAACCAAACACCCAUGAUUAUUGAUUACAUAAUAUUAUGUGUAAACUUCGUAUUUAUAAAAGUGUACAUAUGUGUAUAGAUUCAACACGCAGUUUGUGUCACAGAGAGCAAGUGGAUUCUACAAAACUAUAGAUUGUCCAACCUUCGUGGUUCCUAAGUUGUGGGAAAUGUUCGAUACGUUUGCGGCAUUUUAUGUGGUACAUUGUAUUUUAAACUAUUAUUUGUGCGUUUUAUCUGAUAGUUGUACAGAUCAUUUGAUCCUUUGGAACGGUCGAAAGUGUCUUCACCAGAGUCUGUCAAAUCUAUUUAUAGUUUCAGUAUCAAAAUUAUCUAUUAUGACCGCAUGUUUCCACAUACAUCAUGUAAAGGAAGACUUUCGAAAUUCAGCUACAGUAAAUAGGCUCGAUUACUAUCACUGAAUUUGCCGGCAUAAUUGUUUUUGAACUUAAAAAAAAGCAUUGUUUAACUUUUAUUUUGUGUUGUACAUAUUUGUAAGUAGAUUAUUAUUAUAUUCCAAUUUUUACCCGUUGUUAUAUAAUCGUUAAAAUGUGCUUAUUAUUUAAGUUCGUUUUUGUUCUUAAUUGCCAAAUGUUACAUAGUAAAUGUGCUCUUAAAUGAAAUCUCAUAGUUUCAAAUUGUUAAAUUGUUAUAUGAUUACAUAUUUCUACCAUGUGCUUAGUUUUGUACAUUUAAAAUCAUAUGGCAUAUGCAUUUCCAGUCCGAGAUAAACAAGAACCAAUUGAAGGCUUAGAGCGAAACUGGUCUAUCUAUAAGCCCUCGAAAUCGUAUUCCAUCUGUACAUGCCUAAAGACCGCCCAUCAUAUGCUGCAUUUUUUUCUUACUAUAAACGUUCUUGAUAUAAGUGAGUGCAGAUUUUAACAUUUUGGGCGUCUUUCCAUUGAAUGUUAAUUCAUAUUCCAAGUUGUAUUUAUUCAAGAAAAUGACAUAUAUGAUCAUUGUUCUGAAAUGUUGUUUUGUUCAGUUAAUCAGUUUGUAUAAUUGCCCUGCCAUAUGCCACCAUUCUACUUAUCAUUAUUGUAACAUCAGGAAAAUGCUUUAAAGUAGCCAGGGCUUUUCUGUUUUACUGCAUUUGAAAUAUGUAAAAUAUCAUUUGUGAAAAGAACAUUUAAGGCAGAGCGAGUAGAAGAUUUUAACUUUCACUAGUUCGGAGUUAGUUGUUUAUUUUGAAAUUGUUGGUCGUGAUUUCUUUAAAUUUAUCGGUAUAAAAGGUAUGAGUAAUCUUUAAAUUUACAUUCAUUCAUCGUAUACAAUGUCAUUUCUUUGUACGGUUCGAAAUUGCUGCCAAUGUAUUAUGUAAAAUAAUUUUGGAAGGAAUGUUAAAAAAUUGAAAAAUGACGAUUAUGCGUUUUAAAGCGUUUCUUUUCAGAAGAGCCGUUAAUGUUUUCAAUUCCUGCGGAUAUAGCAAUGGGUAUUUUUAAGUUUUCACUGAGUCUUGUUCUAGUACAUGUAGCCUGAAGUACCAUUAAAAUGUUUUGCGUGCUUAACCUAUGUAAUUGGAAAAUGGCGCUUUACAAUUCAGCUAGAAAGUCAUUGCAUAUUCGCUCUGCUGCUAAAAGGUGUUGAUUUCCCACCUGGGUUAAAUAGGUUGCUUUUAUUGUAUUGAACAUUGGUAAAAAAAAAAGUGAAUUUGUUGAAGGUUGCUGGGAAACGUGAUUUCAAAUAAUAUUAUAGAUUAUAGAGCGGUGUAUUAGGAAACUUUCAUACUAAUAUAAUACUUAAUUGUUUGAAAAGCAUGGUAUGUCAAUUUGAUUGUAAUGAAACUACAAAUUAGAAAAAAAGGAACACACUUGUGCUGAUUUAUGUUUUUAAUUAUUUUUAAGUUAUAUUUAAAAGUUUGUUGUAUUUUUAUUGAUGUUUUGUUGCUAUGUUGGUAAUGCUGCGAAUUUUGUAUUAUAGAAAAUGUUUUAGUUAGCGAGUCCGUUUGAACAAAUGCACAGUUUUAGUUUAGUUAGGAGUAGCAAAGUUGUCAGUUCUUGACCUGAUUGUGUCCAUGUUUGUUCAGCACAAUGUUUUAUACUGCAUGGGCGUAGGAACAGGGUGUAGGGGGUGGGGCGAGGGUGGAGGAACAGCAACUUUCGACCCCAUAAAACUGACUUUUCACAGAAAUAAGACCGUACUAAGAGGAAAGUUGCCAAUGUGAGGGAGUAUUUAGAUGUACAAAUAUGUCUUUUAUCAAUCAUGGGAAGAACAAAAACUUUGGUUGUCCAAAAAAAAAAAAUCAGGAUAAAAAUGGAUAGGUUUGAGGGGUUACCCACCCUUCCGUCCAGCUCGUUUGCCCCCCCCCCCCCCCCACCCCGCCCACGUAAAACUGUUUUCUGUUUUUGUUUUGAUAUUUAACAAAUGAAAAUUAAUGGUUAUAUAGUAUAAUAAGUCUACAAAUAUUUUGUCUCGGAUUACAUAUUUUUACACUUUGCCAAACAAUUGAAAAUACACUUUGAAGUAUUAAUAUCUGUAAAAUAGUCAGAAUACAUGUGUUCCAAAUCAUGUCAUUUUCAGCUAAUUAUUCAUGGUUGGCAUCAAUAACAUGCAUGAAUUUCCAUGUUCAACAUUUAGCACAACAUUCAUAAUAUUAUAUUCAUUUAUUCAUUGUGAAAAAUUAGUCUGCCUUUUUCAAUAAAUUGCGGAAAUUGAUAUAUGUUGCUGUAGAAGGAUGCUUUAACCUUUACCCUGCUAUUUUUCUAAAAUGGAUUGGUCCAUCUUUCAAUUUGGGCGGUACCACUUGUUUAUCAAAGGGGUGUUCAUUUAAACCUUACUGACUGAAUAGCGAACAGUGCAGACCAUGAUCAGACUGCCCGGAUGUGCAGGCUGAUCUUGGUCUGCACUGGACGCAAAGGCAGAAUCGCUUGCCGCCAGCAGGCUAACGGUUCAUGUAUUUACACAUUAUUGUGGACUAAAGGUGGUUAUAUCAUACUACAUGUAAUGUCUUACUCUUUCUUAAAAUAAUUUUGUUUAAAUGAGAAGAAUGAAAAUGCUUUUUUGUGUUUGCAUUUUGUUUUGAUAUAACAUUCGAUGUGCACAUUUUUGUGCGUUUCAUGUUUAUCUUUGCUAGUAUGAUUAAAUUGUUUUCUUGUAUGAAAGUUAAUUUGGAAUCAGUAAACUCAAUCUUUUACUAGAUUUGACCGUUCCGAAAUUGUCAUUUUAACCGAAGUGAAAUUAUUUCAGGUCAUUUAUUAAGCAUUUUUAAAAUUUAUUUUUAUGUUUUUCUGUCAAUAGAGUAAAAGUUAUAAAACUGAAAGCAUGCAGUUGGAAUAUUUUGACAUUUUUGCACGCUUGUAAAAUAACUCAGUUCCGAAACAUUACAAAAGUAGUUAUUCAUAACCUGUAGUUGGUUUUCGUUUACUUUAUUCAGUUAGAACUUGGUUAGAAUCUCAGUUUAAUCUCAGAUAGAGAUUGCAGUGCAGAUGUACUCAUGAUUUACUUAAGAAAUAAUAUACUCAUCCAGUGAUUUGUCGUUGAAUAAAUCAUUGUUUGGAGUUCAGAUGCGAAGGAAUUAUAUCACAAGGGCGCAGUCCGAGUGAUAUAAUAAUACGCAUCUGAACGACAAACAAUGAUUUAUUCAAGAGCAAAUCACUAAUUGAGAUAUGUUAUUUCGAUUCUAACACGUUACCAAGGAUUUUAAAGUACAUCCUUGACGACAUUCGUUAAAUAUUUGCCCGUUUUCAAUCGGUUUCUUUUCCAGCGCACCGCUAUGCCGUUUGACGCCAUGACGUAAUAAUUGUGACGUCAGAACAGUGAUUUGUUGUAUAAUAAUUCACUGUUUUCUGCUUUCUUUGUUUAAUAGGAAAAUAAAUCGGAUCGUGUUAGAACGUUUUUUAGUUUCAGUAGAUAAUCAUUUGUCAGAAUUUGAAUUUGAUCACUCACGGAAGCAAGCUUAAAGUACAUUUUUGAACAUCAGUAUGAAAUAUAUGUUAGAAGCGGUAAAAUUUGACUGAAUUAUUUAGUUUUGGUUUAUAGUAUAUUUUAGUUAUUGGUGGAGUCGGUUUUUGUGUUACUAAAUUUGCUAACAUUACAUAGGGAGUCAUCUUGUAUAAUUUAGUUUCUGUGAAAUGACGAUUACAUUAACAGUGUGAUUAUUUUUGAAUGUUUGUUUAUUGUUACUUGAUUGCUUGCAAAAAUUUUAGCACAUCGGGAGCGAAUAUCUUCUAAAUCAAGAUUUUAAUGCUAGAGCAGAAACAUGUUUUUUUUUUAAAGGAAGCAGAUGUCGCGCAACUUGACGUAUUUUAUUCAGUAGAUUAAACACUAGACGGACUUUCUGAAUUCUUUUACUCUGUCUAAAUAAAAAGCUUUUCAUUUUGUAAAAUUAAAUUUCACUUCUGUUAAACUCCCAACAUUAGUCUUGACAUUUUAAAAAAGGGAUAUUUGUAUAAAUAUAGUCCAACAUUUUCUAUAUUUCCUUCUCUUAACAUCAAUGUUUUUCUCGCAUCUUCCGAUCAUGUGUGCUGUGCUUACCAAUUCAGUUCUUUUAUGAUGUUUAAGAAAAUUGUACAUUGCGCUUUUCAUGAAGCAAUGUGAUAUUUUUGUAACAAAAAUGUGAUACAUCGACUUAAUAAAGUUGAUUCAAUUGAUA